AUGGAAACCGAGAGCCUGAGGCCUGGAGAGCAGCACCUCCCCAGCUGCGGCUAUUCAGCCUCUGCCCUGCGACAGCCAUCCGGCCGCUCCCACCCCUGCUGCGUGAGGGACCCCCUGCAUCAUUUCUUGUGUCUGCCCGUUUCUCCCAGGAGUCACCAGACACCCGAGUGCCAGGUGUGGACAGGGACGCUGCUUCUGGGGACAUGCCUGCUGUACUGCGCCCGCGUCAGCGUGCCCGUCUGUGCCGCCGCCAUGAGCCAGGACUUCGGCUGGAAUAAGAAAGAGGGUCUCCUGGUUCGGCCUGCAGCCCAGCCGCACAGCUCCCCGUCACUGCCCUCUCGUCCCCCGUGCAGGAUCGGGGGUGAGAAGGUCAUCCUGCUGUCGGCUUCCGCCUGGGGCUUCAUCACCGCCGCCACGCCGCUGCUCUCCCGCCUCAGCAGUGCCCACCUGGCCUUCAUGACCUUCUCUCGCAUCCUCACGGGCUUGCUCCAAGGGGUUUACUUCCCUGCGCUGACCAGCCUGCUGUCCCAGAAGGUGCGGGAGAGUGAGCGAGCCUUCACCUACAGCACCGUGGGGGCCGGCUCCCAGUUUGGGACGCUGGUGACGGGGGCCGUAGGCUCCCUGCUCCUGGACUGGUACGGCUGGCCGAGCGUCUUCUAUUUCUCGGGUGGGCUCACCCUGCUGUGGGUGUGUUACGUGUACAGGCGUCUGCUGGGUGAGAAAGAUCUCAUCCUGGCCUUGGGCGUCCUGGCGCAGGGCCUGCCGGUGUCCAGACACACCAAGGUGCCCUGGAGACAGCUCUUCCGAAAGCCUUCAGUCUGGGCGGCCAUCAUCUCCCAGCUCUCGGCGGCCUGCUCCUUCUUCAUCCUCCUCUCCUGGCUGCCGACCUUCUUUAAGGAGACCUUCCCCAGCUCCAAGGGCUGGGUCUUCAACGUGGUGCCCUGGCUAGUGGCCAUUCCUGCCAGUCUGUUCAGCGGGCUUCUCUCAGACCGUCUCAUCAAUCAGGGUUACAGGACCAUCACUGUGCGGAAGUUCAUGCAGGCGAUGGGCCUCGGCCUGUCCAGCAUUUUUGCCCUGUGUUUGGGCCACACCUCGAGCUUUUGUAAGUCUGUGGUCUUUGCAUCAGCCUCCAUCGGCCUCCAGACCUUCAACCACAGCGGCAUUUCCGUUAAUAUCCAGGACCUGGCCCCGUCCUGUGCCGGCUUUCUGUUUGGUGUGGCCAACACAGCUGGGGCUUUGGCAAGUGAGAAGUGGGCUGGGGUCCCCUGCCUGCGGGUUUCAAACCCAGAGUUCCCCGGGGCGCCGCCCCACGCCUGUGUCCUCCCACCUGCUCCGCUGCUUCGGCCCUCAGGGUGGGGCGUGGCACCCCUCGGGGGGUCCCCACAGUGUCAGAGCAGUGGCGGGGGGGGGAGCAGCCCAGACCCCAGAGCUGGCCGGGGGAGAGCACAGAGCCGUCUAACACGGUGCUCAUGCUUCCAAUGGCAUGUAACCGUCCCCAGCCACGUGACCCGCAGAUGUGAGUCAAUCCCCGAGGUCCAGGGUCCCCAGAGGCCGAGUGCCUGGGUGACGGUGACGGGGCUCAUGCCCUCCGGCCCCCCCCGUCCUCAGCUCCUCUCAAAGCUGUCCUCAAAGGGGCGGGAUGGCCCAUCACCCCGUCUGCUUGUCCCCUCUCGAGGGUGCAGGAGUCGUGGGCGUGUGCCUGGGUGGCUACCUCAUCGAGACCACGGGCUCCUGGACGUCUGUGUUCAACCUGGUGGCAGCCAUCAGCAGCCUCGGGCUAUGCACCUUCCUGGUGUUCGGGAAGGCCCAGCGGGUGGACCUGAGCCCCGCCCAUGAGGACCUCUAGCCGACCGACCCACUGUCCCCGAGGACCCAGCGCCAUCAGCCUCGGGGACAGCGUUCAGCUUAGAGGCCCCUUGCUCCUGGCCCGCAGUGUGAGCAGAGGCGGGGGAGCCUCAGCCCAGCAGGAGGAUGCGGUCCGGUUCCCCCGCCCUUGCGGGUAGCAGCCUCCUUCCGGGUUGGGGGGACCUCAUGGUGGGUGGAUUAGUGUCCAGUAGCAGCAGCUUCGUCACAGACACGGCCUGUUCCUCGGAGACCCGUACAAGCCCCACGUGGUCAGCCCGCCCGGGACCGUGUCACUGCAGGGCAGGGCGCCCCACUGGAGUCUCUCCCCAAAACCUGCCUGGCUCUGUUUCUCUGCUCUUGGGGCCGGAUCAUGCUCUGUGGUGGGCCGUCCUGUGCACUGCGGGGUGUUUAGCAGCAUCCCUGGCCCCCACCCACUAGAUGACCCCCCCCAGUCAUGACAGCCAACCCUGUCUCCUGACAUCACCAAGUGUCCCCGGGAGACCCGCCCCCUGGCUGAGGACCACAGCUCUAGAAGAAGGCCAGAGAGGGCUGUGGUGUUUCCGCUUCUCUAGGCACCCAGGCUGAGGCCCCCCAGUUCGAUGGGUGGGCAGAAGUGGGGGCUCGAGGCCCUUGUGCAUCGUUGGGGACCCUGCCCCCGGCGUCCCCUCCCAUGGAUUCCCAGGCACUGGCGAUGGGUCCUGCUCCCCUGGUGCCUGCGGAGGGCGCGUGGGCACCCGCUCCUGGCCAGGACACGCCCCGGAACCAGUGAACCCACCGGUCCGCAUUCUCUUUCUCCCUCCUUGUUUACAAUAGAGGGGCCGGUCGUCUCGCGGAUUAAUAAUAGAUUUUGCAAGAUGUAUAUGCAGAGAAAAGAAACUAUGAGAAUGUGGAAAAGCACACCAAAGCCUUAUUUAAAUGAUGACUAUUAAACUAUUUAAAAAGAAGACCAUAAUGUUAUUUAAGGCCCUUCUUAUAAAAAGAAUAAACGUGUGUUAAAGAUUUAUUUCACUAGUUCGAGGAAACCAGCAAAGUGUUUCAAACAGUCGAAGGAAAAUGCCAAGAACAGACGUACUGAUCCUCCAGGAUGCUGACACACACGUGCAAAUACAGCCGAGGUGGGGUUUCCUAGCUCCCGCUCUGGACAGACCCCGCCUGUGCGUCUGUGUCGGAGCUGCUUGGUGUAGCUGUCAGCUGUGUAGAUUCUAGAAUCAGACAACUCCUAAUUUUCCAUGUAAGCAAAGAUUUCCUCCCGCAGCCCCCCCACUUGUGAUCAGAAAGAAUCUGAAAGAAAGAUUCGCGAUUACAAAGUGAGUCUGGCCUCUGUAGGUUUGGCCUGACUGUUUACGGAGAUGCAGCCAGAAUGUUAAUUUGCCAUAAAGGCCACACUGUUUGCUCGGCUGGGGAUUUUCAUGAGAAACCUCGGGUGGAUUUCUAGGCUGUGCUGUCCCGAGCUGGGAGCCCUGCCCAGGAAACUCCCUGCGGCGGGGUGGUUUCCUCAGGACACAGGACACAGGUGUGUCC